UUCUGCCUUCCUCCUCCUCCUCCCCCUCUUACCCACCUUCCUGCACCCCUCCCUUCUCCCUCCUCCCACAGCUCAGGUUGCAGCUUCUUUGGGGGGGAACCACUCACCUUUCCAGAGCCGGGAAGAGCCAGGGUCCCGAACAGGGACCCCGGCAGGGCGCGGGGCGCGGGACAGGGCACCUAAGGCUGGCAGCGCGGCCGCGGAGGGCGGGAGCCGGCUCGCCACGACCGGGACACGCGCAGAGUCCGCGGCGGCGGCCGGAGAGGGGCACCGCGCCGGGCAAGCUGAGCAAAGGACCCAUCUUGGACCCCUGCUGAUCAUGAACAAGAUGAAGAACUUCAAGCGAAGGCUUUCCCUGUCCGUGCCCCGCCCAGAGACCAUUGAGGAGUCGUUGGCUGAGUUCACUGAGCAGUUUAACCAGCUCCACACUCAGAGGAAUGAGGAUGGCAGAGAGGCGCCUGGACAGCUGUCUCCUGGCAUGCAGUAUCAACACCGGCAGAGCCAGCGCCGAUUCUCCAUGGAGGACCUCAACAAGAGGCUCUCUCUGCCCGUGGACAUCCGCCUGCCCCAGGAAUUCCUGCAGAAGUUACAGCUGGAGAACCCAGGGCUGCCCAAACCACUCACCCGCAUGUCCCGUCGUGCCUCCCUGUCAGAUAUCGGCUUUGGGAAACUGGAAACAUACGUGAAACUGGACAAACUGGGGGAGGGUACCUAUGCCACCGUCUUCAAGGGGCGCAGCAAACUGACAGAGAACCUCGUGGCCCUGAAGGAGAUCCGGCUGGAGCACGAGGAAGGGGCGCCCUGCACUGCUAUUCGAGAGGUGUCUCUGCUGAAGGACCUGAAACACGCCAAUAUUGUGACCCUGCAUGACCUCAUUCACACAGAUCGGUCCCUCACCCUGGUGUUUGAGUACCUGGACAGUGACCUGAAGCAGUACCUAGACCACUGUGGGAACCUCAUGAACAUGCACAACGUCAAGAUCUUCAUGUUCCAGCUGCUCCGGGGCCUGGCCUACUGCCACCGCCGCAAGAUCUUGCACCGUGACCUGAAGCCCCAGAACCUGCUCAUCAAUGAGAGGGGGGAGCUGAAGCUGGCUGAUUUCGGCCUGGCCCGGGCCAAAUCAGUGCCUACAAAGACCUAUUCCAAUGAGGUGGUGACGCUUUGGUACAGGCCUCCAGAUGUGCUGCUGGGAUCCACAGAGUACUCCACUCCCAUUGACAUGUGGGGCGUGGGCUGCAUCCUCUAUGAGAUGGCCACCGGCAAGCCCCUCUUCCCCGGCUCUACUGUCAAGGAGGAGUUGCACCUCAUCUUCCGUCUCCUGGGGACACCUACAGAAGAGUCGUGGCCGGGUGUGACGUCCAUCUCCGAGUUUCGAGCCUACAACUUUCCCCGGUACCUGCCACAGCCGCUGCUCAGCCACGCCCCCAGGUUGGAUACUGAAGGCAUCAACCUCCUGACCAGCCUCCUCCUGUAUGAAUCCAAGAGUCGCAUGUCAGCAGAGGCGGCCCUAAAUCACCCCUACUUCCAGUCUCUGGGAGAACGAGUACACCAGCUCGAUGACACUGCCUCCAUCUUCUCCCUGAAGGAGAUCCAGCUCCAAAAGGACCCAGGCUAUCGUGGCCUGGGCUUCCAGCACCCAGCUCCCUCCAUUCUCCAGGGCGAGGGAAGAACCGGCGGCAGAGCAUCUUCUGAGCCACGCCCACCCUGCUGCACCUUGAGGGAUGAGAGGCCACACGGAACAUGAAUUCAGGAAGUAUGGGGCCUGUGUGGCCAUCAGAGGGCUGAACAAUGAAUGCCUGUGGCCAGUCUGGAGGACCACUCGGCAGCCCUGUUGGUAGCGUUUGCCUCCUUCCCUUGCUUGCCACACAGCUCUGUGGUGGCCUCUACCGGACACCAUUCCCCUUGUCACCCACUGUGGGAUGGGCCGUGAGCUGCUUCCCUGAGAGGAAGGUGGGGCCAAGGAGGUCCCUGGGACCCUUUCCCAGCGGCAGUGCAGGAGAGUGUGCCCCCCUCCCCGCUCCUGCAGUCCCAUUGGCUGGACAAACCCCCUUCUUAUUGCUUGGGCCGUCACUUCAUCUUCUUCCCCUCUGAGAACGAGGAAUAUGGCACCCGACCUGGGACCCUGGAAUUGUGUCCACGUGUGUGCUGACCCCCACCCAAAGGCAGGCAUCCCUGGAGUAUCAGAAAAAGUAGUGCCUCCUCUUGUCACCACCCCCGCGAUGCUAUUGUCCCCUCCUUGCCAGAAGCCCUGUACCCUCUGGCUUGAACCAAGGCUAAAAAGCACCAGCAUGCUGCCUGUGUCCGACUGCAUCCGGAAGUGGUCUGCUACUCCAAGAUGUACUCCUGCCGCCUCA